AUAUAUACAAGACACAACGCCCGGGUUUAAUUUCCUUCUCCUUCUUCUCAUCCACCGCUUCGGGAUUUGCUGCAGAAAUCGGCACUCGCCAUGACUCUCCAAGCUUCUUCCUUCGCCGCCGUCGGCCUGCCGUCCCUCGCGCCGCGCCUCUGCCGCUCCCGUCGCGGCCCCGUCGUCCGAGCCAAAGUGGAGCCGUCAGAGAAAUCUGUUGAGAUAAUGAGGAAGUUCUCAGAGCAGUAUGCUCGCCGAUCAGGAACAUAUUUCUGCGUCGAUAAGGGUGUGACUUCUGUUGUCAUUAAGGGACUGGCUGACCAUAAAGACACAUUAGGUGCACCGCUUUGCCCAUGUAGGCAUUAUGAUGACAAACCUGCAGAGGUAGCGCAAGGUUUCUGGAAUUGUCCCUGUGUUCCUAUGAGGGAAAGGAAAGAGUGCCACUGCAUGCUCUUCCUCACUCCGGAGAAUGAUUUUGCUGGCCAAGAUCAGGCCAUUUCAUUUGAGGAAAUCAAGGAAUCUACAUCAAAUAUGUGAUGCUCGUCAUGAAGGGAGCUACAUAAAAUAUGUGAUGCUCGUCAUGAAGUUGACUGGUUGCGAGAUCUCUACCUGUGUUUGAACCCUUGGAAGAAGAAAAUCAAAAUACUGGGGACAACGAAAAGGAGCAGCACUUUUUUAGCCCUCCAUUGUAUAUUUUGUACGCUAGCAUACUCUCACACUUGUUAUCUAAAAAUGGAGCUUUAAUUUCUUCCACAAUUCUUUUAUCGCUAAAAUCUGGGUACAGGCGUUUUC